AUGCGAGGAUGCGUUUCCAUCCUGAACUGUCCUGUGGUGCCAGCGUUGCCUCCGUUUAGAUUUUUUGGUUGUUUGGAUCUCGGCUUUGCGUUUUCGCGCUGUGUCAUUUCCUUCGCUUCUUUUCAGGAAACUCUUUCUUCGGUGUCUCGUGCGUCUGCUGUCGAAAAUAGAGUUACUACUCUACGCUCUUUUUCGCUUUCUCACUUUCUAGGCUCUGGCGGUCGCAGCUCUGCAGGCGCUUGUCGAAGGGACUUUUUGAACCUGCGGGGUACCGCCCGUCCGUCCGAGGGAGAAGAUCCGCUCUCUCUGCAUGCAGCGUUUCCCUUUCUGCGCCCUCUCUCUCUGUGUCUCUUCUUGCUUCGGGGCCUUCCUUCAGACGACAGACAGCUGCCUGUGUGCUUCCUCUGCACCUCUUGUGCUGCUUUUCCGCCCAACACAAAAGGUACUUUUCAGCCUCCCGUCCUCGCUGUCCUUCCUCGCUCUCUCUCCUCUCCCCUGCGUCACCCGGGGACUCUGGAGAGGAGACCCGGAGCGGACUGA